AUGCGUGGCUCCAACAAGAAGGCCCCGCAGCUCAAGGCCAGCCAGGCCCGCCAGCUGGCAGCAGCGAAGACCGCAGCUGGCCUUGCUGGGAAAGGGGCCAAAGUGGUGAAAGAAGUUGCCAGUGGGUCCCGAGAUGUGGAAAAGCGGCAACUACUGAAAGCUAUCCAGUCAGGGCAGUUUUCGCAUGUGUACUGCGAGUCCCCACGGGCAGUAGCCCGGAACGUGAUGAUCCAGGAAAUGCUCUAUGAGACCAGCAAGGCUAUUGGAACCCAGAUCGUGGCGAAUGAUGCCCCGGACCUGUACAAGCAUGACCCCAGCCCGGCAGAAGCCUUCAUCAGGCGCGUCCUGGGCGCCACGCAGCAGUUUGAUCGCGAUGUGGUUGUGGACCGCCUUGCCAAGGGACGCGAGCUGGCCCUGGAUCAUGCAAAGGCAACCGGCAAAGCCAGAAGGUCGCAAAAGGGGUCUUUCAAAAUGUGUGGGCGCAGCAGCCUAGUGGAGGAGCGAUUGCGGAAGAAGCCCCUGACCAGCUCAGAAAAAAAAGAAUUGAGGUCACUGCGCAAAGGAGUGCAUGAGAACCGCAUCAGCAGCCGGACCCUGGCCUUGAGGCUGGUGCCGAUCUUUGGCAGCCCGAAGCAGAAGAAGCAGAAGGGAAAGCCUCCGAUAGCUCAUACCACCGCUCUGCGCAUUGUGAAUGAGUUGACCUUGAAGAAGGUGGUCUGA